GAGCUCGAUGGGCUUCUCCUUCCCGCAGCCCGGUGUCUGGCCGUGUCCAGGGAGCAGUGGCGCCUGGUGCCGAGGAGCCAUCGCCGCGGCCCGAGGCCCGGUCCCGGGUUGGGGACUGCAGGAGGAAGCGACGACGGCAGUGGCGGGAGCCCCAUUGGGGGCCUGGGACUGGGGAACUCCCUCCAGCUUCACGAUGCCAGUAUGGACAGAAUAGCUUAUGAUGCUUAUCCCCACCCACCACUUCCGAGACAUUGAACGAAAACCAGAAUACCUCCAGCCGGAGAAGUGCAUCCCACCUCCCUACCCUGGGCCUGUGGGAACAAUGUGGUUUAUCCGCGACGGCUGUGGCAUCGCCUGUGCCAUCGUCACCUGGUUUCUGGUCCUCUAUGCAGAGUUUGUGGUUCUCUUUGUCAUGCUGAUUCCAUCCCGGGACUACGUGUACAGCAUCAUUAAUGGAAUUAUGUUCAACCUGCUGGCCUUCUUGGCCCUGGCUUCCCACUGCCGGGCCAUGCUGACGGACCCCGGGGCUGUGCCCAAAGGAAAUGCCACUAAAGAAUUCAUCGAGAGUUUACAGUUGAAGCCUGGGCAGGUGGUUUACAAGUGUCCCAAAUGCUGCAGCAUCAAGCCCGACCGAGCCCACCACUGCAGUGUUUGUAAGCGGUGCAUUCGCAAGAUGGACCACCACUGUCCCUGGGUCAACAACUGUGUUGGCGAAAACAACCAGAAGUACUUCGUCCUGUUUACAAUGUACAUAGCUCUCAUUUCCUUGCACGCCCUCAUCAUGGUGGGAUUCCACUUCCUGCAUUGCUUUGAAGAAGACUGGACAACCUAUGUACUGAACAGGGAAAGAAUGGCAGAGGCCCGAAUCUCUCUCCAUGAAAAACAGCAGCCCCUUAAAGUAAGUUCCACAGAGUGUAGCUCCUUCUCUCCCCCCACCACGGUGAUCCUUCUCAUCCUGCUGUGCUUCGAGGGGCUGCUCUUCCUCAUUUUCACAUCCGUGAUGUUUGGGACCCAGGUGCACUCCAUCUGCACAGAUGAGACGGGAAUAGAACAAUUGAAAAAGGAAGAGAGAAGAUGGGCUAAAAAAACAAAAUGGAUGAACAUGAAAGCCGUUUUUGGCCACCCCUUCUCUCUAGGCUGGGCCAGCCCCUUUGCCACGCCAGACCAGGGGAAGGCAGACCCGUACCAGUACGUGGUCUGAGGACCCCUGACCAGCAUUGCCGCUCAGACACAAACCACAUCACAGCACUACCGUCCGAUCCGUUCUCAUGAAUGUUGAAACCGAAAAAGCAAACUACUCCUCCUAAAACUUUUUUUAUGUCUCAAAUGAAAUGGCUGAGCAUUGCAGAGAAAAAAAAAAGCCCCCAUGUUUUAUUUUUUUUAAAUCAUCCUUUCAGUUUUUUGGUGACCAAAGCUGCUCAUUUUUUCCUUUUAAAAUCACUUCUCUGGCCUCUGGUUUCCUCUCUGCUGUCUGUCUGGCAUGACUAAUGUGGAGGGUGCUGUCUCCAGGCCGUGCCCACCUCUACUAACUGAGUGAGAUGUGACGCUGUGCGUGGAUGGACCAGUCCGGACACCUGGUUGGGGAUGCGUAGGAAAGCCAGGAGGGCCCUGACAUCCCACUGCCCAGGAAGCAGUGGCAGGUGCCCCAUGGGACUUAAAACCUCACUGAAGUCGGAUACUUACCCCUUGAGGCCUGGGAGGGGCAGGAUCAGGGCCGGAACCUUCGGAAGGGCCCUUGGCACAACAGCCUCAUCUCCCAAAUGGACAUGGUUUGCCUCCUAAUUCACAAAAUCAAUUGCCUGCCUUGUAUUUUAUGAGCUUAGGGAUAUAGAAUGACUUUUGGGGGUCUAGGGAGAAAGAUGAAAGGGAUCUUAUUUGUAUUCUGAAUCCGCAAUUAUGUUCCCUGUGAUUAUUUGGAAGACUGUGAAGGAAAGAUGUUUUUCAGUUCAAAAUGCCUUAUACAAUCAAGAAUUACAGUUUCAGGCAAGCUACAUUUUUCUGUGUUACAUCCACUUCCUCUCGCACCAUCCUACGUCCCUCCCUUCCCUAGCAAGAUGUCACUUAAGCAGUGUUAAUUCUGAGUGAAACAGGCACCAGUGCCCCGCGACCAACCCCUCCUCAUUUUGUAAAUCUCUAAAGUGGGUUCACGUUCUGAUAUUGACGCAUAAAUGUGCACGUACCGUGUCUUAUCUGUAUUUUAACCUGGGAGGCUGUUUUCCUGGCACAGGGCUGACCAUGAUGCUGGGGUGACAUUACAGCCCCCAACUUUUUUACAGCUGACAGAUGGCCAUCCCAUUCACUGGAAUCUCUGAGCCUGCAGCACUAAGGCCAAAUAGCUUCUCCACUUGGGAGGCACAGCAGUGUUGUCUCAUUUGAGGGAGGGCUGAAGGGAGUGGGGAGAGGUGAGGAGGUAGGGAGUGCCCUUCAGACACAAACACCGCCAUCUGAAUAUUGACCAUCUGUGACUUCUUACACUUGUGUUUGUUUUUUUUUAAGCGAUUGCCACAAACCUCCUUUUUUUAGCUUUUGCUUGGGGUGAGGGUGGGGAUGAGGUUUAUCAAAUCCAGUGCUGGGAAGGGAGAAAGUGAAUCUAGCCAUGUGAUUUUUCAGAAGAGUAAGUGGAACAUGCUGCCUCUUUUCAAUUCUGUCAGUGCUUCCACAUGGAAACAAAAUGCAAUAAAAUUUUUCCAAAACCUGU